AUGUCGAGAAAGCCGAGCAUGGGAUCUAGCUAUGUAACAGAGAAAAGGUUGUCACAAUGGGAAGAGCUCAUGAGGAAAUUUUCUGAAGCUCAUAAAGACACAUGCAAGGUAGCCUCAGUGGACAUACCGCGCGUUGAACGGUCUACCAAAUACUUCCCGACGGGAUCACAGUAUCAAGGCACGUGGGAUGUGCUCGGAAUGAGCGGUUUUGGAGAAUAUACCUUUCCUAAUGGCGUAACAUACGAAGGUGACUUCCUAGAAGGCAUGUUCCACGGCAAAGGUGAGCUUCGAUACAGUGGCGGUGUAUGUAUACGAGGAAAAUGGAACAAGGGAGAGCUGACGGAACGAACCCUGGUCUUCAAUGACAGCGUGGAGUACUCUGAGAAGAAUUGGAAGUACUGCUCUAAACAGGAUAGAAGAUUCGCGAUAGAAUAUGACAUAGACCUGCAGCCUGCUGGCAAGUCUUACCUCACAGCCGACCAACCGACGAAGGAGAUACCUUAUGGAUACUAUGACAAUGGGGAAGGGUUCUAUGAUCCUAAAACUGGAGUCAUUUAUAAAUAUGACGAUCUCUCUUCCAUACACAGAUCCCCAUUAAAGGCUGAGCAUACUUGGAUUAUAGAGAACUGUCGCAAAAACCCCGAAGAGCCUUUAGGGGCUCGUCAGAAUUUGUACGAGGAGUUUACAGGGCCUCAUCUGCGGAGACGCGAACCCCCACCUCCGGCGGCUGGUAUUAAGAACGCCAUGACCUUCUUCAGGUCACAGUCCAUUUUUGAGGAGGAUUUCGACUUCUCCCCCGAACAUUCCCUACACGGAUUCUACGACCCCUCGCAAGUUUUCGCGAAGAGCCAACAGUUUACCUUUGACAAACCAUACAUAUUCUACCACGGACCUAAUGAUCGAACUAUGGAGUUUGAAGCAUAUAGCAAAGAUGCUAACGAUAAUGCAGAGUUUAGGGACUGUGACUCCGAAAUAGUAGGGUCGACCAUGGAUUUUGGCAGUGUUUCAAGCGAUCCAAGUUAA